AUGCAAGACCUCAAAGAUAAUAAUUUGGUUGACGAUAGUGGAACAGCAGCACCUGAAAUAAUCGAGAUCCCUCUUCGAGAUCUUUGCACCAAUAUUGAUCUGGACGCCCUUCGAAAACAAAAUGAGCCAGUUGAUGCAGAUGAUGAUUGGCCAAGCAGCUGGCAGGAUGACUGGCUCUUGCCAGAUCGCGAGGAAAUGACUCCUCUUAAUGCUGCAGCGAACAGCUCUCAUGAAGAGAUCUGUGAAACGAAUUGUUCACCUUUGUUAGAGAGUUCUCAAAACGGAACACUAGAUUCGCCAUGCAGAAACUCAUUAGAAGACAACCCACAUGGAGAAAAUGGAGAAACAACGAAGAGUGUUGGCGAAACGAACAUAGCAUCAGUCAACAUUGAUGAAUGUCGACUGGUUGAUAUCGACAUCAGUGAGCCGACAACUACACGACAAAUGGCUGUUGUGCCGUGUCGCCGGAGAUCGAACCCUCGUGUGCAUUUCGCUGACGAUGGUCGUCUAUCGUGUGGUGACCUGACGUCUCUAUCAAGUGAAAUGCCUAAUAAUGUGGACGACGGCAAGUACAGUAAGCGGAAGUCUAGCUGGUGUGAGGACCGAAACAACAUCCUUGCAUCAGUUGGCUCGAAGGACACAUCCGUUCUUCCAAUGAAAAAUAACAAAUUUAAGUCACUCAUUUGGAAGCGGCCGUCGUUACAAGAUCAGCUACUACCAUCGAUGCAAACAGGUUUCUGUGUAGAAAGUAUCACAAAAGAAGAACUUUUGGUGAUGUGGAAGACAUCGGAGAUUGAACUUACACGCCGUUUGGAAAAAGCACUCAAAGAAAAAGCAAAGCUAGAACAGAAACUGGCUGACCUAGAACUCGGCUCACCUGUAUGA